AUGCACUACGAGUUGAUGGUCUUGGACACCUGCGGUGUUCUUCUGGGUCCUGGAAAGACGCCUUGGAAUUUCUACACCAAGUCCAUAGCGCCACAGGCCAACCAAGCGGGCAUCGCAGCCUUCGCUUCUGAUGGCGAUGCAAGGGUCUCAGGGCUGACGAUCACCUGGGGAGAUGUUCCAAUCUCGCCAGCCGGAGGUCUGUAUCGCUUGUGUUGGUGUGGCUCAUUGAGUCAACUGGCGAAUGACUCUGUCAAGGGCUCAUGCUCCACCGCGGACGGCUUUCGGCUUGAUAUCGGCAGUCUUUUCGUACAGGGACCCUCCUGGCAAGACUUCGCGACAUGUGUCAGUGGUCGACAUUGCAGUUUGCAAGACUUCAGUGACCUGGGUGAUGUUGGUCACUUGCUGGUGCUCGAGACUUGUGGGGUCCAGUCUGCCUUGGUACCAGGAUUCCCAGACUUCACGGCAGAAAACUCCUCCUGGCCUGUUCCAAUCAGUGCACUUGGUGGUCAAUAUCGCUUGUGCUGGUGUCAAGGAAGGAGUUUGAAUCACACCAACAUCUCGUAUCAUUCGGAUUUUCAGAGAUGCACCAUGGAAGAGUAUGUUGAUAUGGGAGCCUUUCACCUCGUUGGUCCUUCAAGUCUGGAAAAAACAUGUAUCAGCGGCUUGAGCUGCAGCUUCGAUGGCUUCGGCGAGGGCCACAGCAUCAUGUUGCUGGACACCUGCGGAAUGAGCGGAAUGACCGCUCCAGUCGUGCAUCAUCAGCAAGCACCUUGGUCCGGUGAGGUCUCUUUCCAACUCACCAUUUCGGGUGGCCUUUAUCGACUAUGUUGGUGUUACGAGAACGAGAACAUCAACACCAACAGAAGUUUCUGUGAUUUGGCGGAGCAUCAUUUGGUGGAUGCUGGUUCGCUCUUGGUGUUGGGCCCACAACAGAACCAGGAUCGGACGUGCAUUUCCGGCCGAUCCUGCCGUACCCAGGGCAUUUGGAGCACUGGAUCACAUUGGAAGGAUCAGAUUCGAAUUCUGGACACCUUUGCUUGGGAUUUCAGACUAGAUGUUGGUCGAUUGCUCCUUCAUGGCAUGUCACCCUUGGAACAACAUGCGACCUGUGUUGCGGGGCAACCCUGUGCUAUUGACGUGGCCGGCUAUGUCACAGAGGGUGACUUUGUGAUGGCCUUGGACACCUGCGGAGAAGCUUCAGAUGGCCUUGGCCCCAGCCGUUUGCAACUCUGGAACCAAACGAACGACGCUAUGGACUUCUCCCAGAACGACUCUCAUGAAGCUCGCCGUGCAGGCAGCGUGGACUUCGGUCGCGGUCAAGGGGGAAAGUACAGAUUGUGCUGGUGUGGAGGCCUUGAGACUGGUGCGAGUAGCACUCGAUGCAGUGGCGCGUUGGAUUUUCAGAUGGAUUUUGGAGAGCUCACGGUGAUCGGCCCGAAGGGAGAAAUGCAAACCCAAACUUGUAUCACUGCCCAAGAAUGCCUCAUCACGUUGCAGCUCGUAUCAGGGUAUUCUGCUUUCUCUUUAAGCAAUCAGCUCAUAGAGGGUGAGGAGACCGUGCUUGUACUUGAGACGUGCUCAGACUCGGGCUUUUUGGGCUAUCCCACAGGUGUUGGUGGUUUCAACAUGUCCGGAACACCAGCUGUGGGUGUGGCUGGUGGUGUCUAUCGACUUUGCUGGUGUCGUGGUUUUGCAUGCACCACUCCAGAAUUCCGUGUGGACUUGGGCACACUUCAGAUCCUGGGGCCAGUACCUUUGUCCCAGCACAGAACAUGUGUCAGUGGACGGCGGUGCAUUCUAGAUGGUCUUAGUGUCACUGGAGGUCAUGACAAGCUUUUGAUCUUGGAGACCUGUGGAUUGCCUGCAUUGAUUCCUCUUCCGCAAAGCUUGACAUCACCCUCAGAGAUGAGUGGUGCUGUUGUUGACUUAAGCCAACAGAUGUCCUAUUCUCCCGGGGGGCAAUACCGUCUAUGUUGGUGUGGUGACUUUGAAGAUGUCCAAAGCCUCAAUUUGAGCUCCAGAAAUUCUUCCUGCACCCACUUCCAUGAAUUCAAUCUCGACAUGGGAGGUCUUAUGGUUCUUGGCCCUGCGCCAUUGCAGCAAGAUCGGACCUGCAUCGCAGGAGAAAGAUGCCAAUUGGAGGGGUUCCUGGGUACUGGCUUGGAUCAAGGAGCCUUGCUGCUGCUUGAGACCUGUGGGUUUUCACAGGCCUCUGCUUUCAACUUGAAUCUCGGAAGACCUGGUCAACCCCAGGGAUCAACUCUUGGAGAAGCCAGCGCAUCUGGAAGCACGUUCAGCUGGGAAGUGGCUGCACCAUCUGGAGGAAGCUUCAGGCUUUGUUGGUGUGCCAAUCUUCAAAACUACUCUGCUGGCAAUCUGACACACACGCCCCCACACUCGGGCUGUGUGGUUCCUGAAGAGUUCCAACUUGACAUCGGUCGGCUAGAUGUGGUGGGCCCGGUUGCAGGUUUGAUUGAACAGAGGUUUACCUGUCUUCUUGGCCGUGCUUGUAGAUUGAGCGGCUUGGAUUCCCUCGGCUUUUUGGAAGGAGAUCGGCUACUGGUGCUCGACACCUGUGGUGCACAACCCACCAGGAACUACUUGGAUGGAGUUGUUUCGGAUGCAGAUGACACUUUGUUCUUGCGUGACAGCUGCCAACAAUCCACCGCUACGGGCUUGCCCAGCUCUGGAGUGCCUCCAAUCAGCUCCAACUCCAGCGCCAGCGUGCUCUUCAGUAGUGUUCCCACCACUGCACAAGGGGGUGAAAGUCCCAUCAAUGCAGCUUGCUCAGUGGGUUCUGACUUUCGCACAGAUGUGGGAUCUAUGUUGAUUCUGGGAGUCGCAGUUCCUCAGGAUCGGACCUGCGUCAUGGGCUUGUCAUGCUCCUUCGAUGUGGAAGGCUACUGGUUGGCCUCGGGAGAUGAAAUCCUCGUUUUGGAGACCUGUGGUGCCAGCUUGGCCGUCCUGGACACCUGCGGUGUGGCGCAAAGCAAAGUGUCUAUGCCAAACGUGGUCGAAUUGGAGCUGGACAGGUUUCAAUUAGCUCAUUUUGAGGCAGCCCCAGUUCCUGGUGGACAUUACAUGCUUUGCUGGUGUCCCAAGAGUGCUGUGAACUUGGCGAACACAUCAAGCAACCUCGACUGUCUUUUGGAAGAGCACGUGGCCAGCAUAGGCUCUUUGGAGAUUGUUGGGCCAUCUCCACUUGGCAAGCUAAGCACCUGUAUUGCUGGAGAGACGUGUCUCAUCACUGGGCUUACCGGUGCUGGCCAUUACCAUUUGGCUGAAGGUGAUCAGCUGUUGAUCAUGGAGACCUGUUUGACUCAGCCCGCAGCUGAAGGAGAACCACUUCCCAUCGCUUUGACCGAGGCAGUGCUUGGACAGGUCACGUCGAUCUUGAGCAGCGGUGUGAUCUUUCAGUUUCCCAAUUUGCCAUCAGCUCCAGGUGGAACUUACCGUUUGUGCUGGUGCGCGGCGGGCUUCCAUUGCAGCUCUGCAGAGCAUUUCCGUGUAGAUGCUGGGCAGCUCACGAUGGUGGGCCCGGAAUCCUUGCAGCAGCAUAGGAGCUGCAUUAGUGGACAAAGCUGCGAAGUUGAUGGAAUUCAACUUUUCCCAAGUAGUGCGGAUGAAAGUUUGGUUUCCUCAGCCUUCCUCGUGCUUGAAACAUGUGGCACAUUCUCCACCAUUGCAGGUGUAAUGUCAGAAGGCAGCACAGCAAGCAAUGCAAGCGGUAUUUUCAGCUUGGGGAUGAUCACUUCUGCCGGUGGAUCUUAUCGUUUGUGCUGGUGUGGGAAUCUGUGCAGAAAGGCCAGUGACUUCCGAGUGGAUGCGGGAACGAUGUCCAUCUUGGGGCCACAACCGCUUCAACAACAACAAACCUGCGUGAGCGGUCGAACCUGCCAACUCCAAGCAGUCGCAGCUCACGCAGCUGGCGACACAUUGAGUGGUUGGCUUCGUGUGCUUGAUACGUGUGGCACAGUUGGGCUGGCUGGCGCUGAUGUUGUGAUGUCCGACCUCACGGCCAUGGCGCUGACGGCAGCAGGGGGUAGCUACCGAGUUUGCUGGUGUCCUGUGAUAUUCAGCAACUCAUGCACGGAACCGCAAGAUUUUGCGGUAGAUAUUGGACAGUUGCUGUUGAUAGGCCCAGCGCCGUUGACACAAGCAAGGACAUGUAUCAGUGGACUCGCAUGUCACUUCUAUGAUACAGAGGGAGAAGCACUAUCAGAGCAAGAUCGGAUUUUGCUCCUUGACACCUGUGGGUCACCGUCGGCCUUGGCGGAGACUGGCGCAUUCCUCUCAGCGUUUCCAGCGGACAACAUCUCGAACACUACUGCUUUGGGGGUGAGUAACAGGGCGCCGCUGACUGUUGUAACAGGGCUUGGAGGUGAGUACAGGCUUUGCUGGUGUGGCACUUUGACGGGCUUUACUUGUUCGCUACCAGAUGAUUUCAAGGUGGAUUUUGGAAGUCUACACUUCGUGGCACCGAGCACCUUUGGACGAACCUGUUUCAGUGGGCAGCACUGCUUCCCUGAGGGCAUCUUUGAAGAGGCGCUGGGCGGUGCAAGCGGCUCGGUGAUGGCUCUGGAGACCUGUGGACUUUCCACACCUUUGCAGGGCUUCGGGCAAGUCUGGAGUGCCACCGUCGCGACCGCGGCGAACGGAAGGAUCACUGCAGCUGGUGGCAUUUACCGACUCUGUUGGUGUGCAGGUCAGACGGAGGAUUCUGACCUCACAGCAACGGCUUCUAAUGGAAGUGCAAUGGACAGCCUGCAGCUGUCUUGCAUCAUGCCAGAGCAAUUCCUGACAGAUCUUGGAUUCCUUCUGGUUGUUGGCCCAGCUCCUCUGGCACAGGAUCGAACGUGCAUGGCCGGUCAAAGCUGUGUGAUUGAUGGCUUUCAAGGCUUCCUGUCUCCAGAUGCCACUGAUCUCAUCGCCGUCUUGGACACCUGCUCCACUCCCAAUGGCUUUGGACUCUUCGAUCGACGGACUCGUCCGGACGAACUCGUCAACGCGUCGAACCUCUCGGAGACACGGUCCGUUGGAGCCGGCGGGACCCGCUGGAGCUUCGUUGAAAACCGAUCGGCACGGGGAGCUUCCUGGUUGGAGGCCGGUGGCAGCUAUCGAUUGUGCUGGUGCGGAUCUAGUUGUCAGGAAUAUGGUGAUUUUCACACUGAUCUUGGCCGACUGUGGGUGGUGGGUCCGAGCCCAUUGGUACAAAUGCACACUUGCGUGAGUGGACGUGCAUGUGUGCUAGACAGCAUCACGGGAGUAGGUCUCGCAUCCAACUUUCAGAUCUACAAGUUUCGUCUCUCUCAGGAUGGCGAUCCAGGUGGCACGCAUGACAUACGCCUCUUUGAGCUUUAUCAUGGAGGCUCCUCUGAUGGACCGUGGACUAAGGCUUUGCAGGGUGCUGCACUUGCUGGCACCCGCGAGUGGCAAGAGUUCUUUGGCUUCUCCAGCUCGGAUCACUUUUGGCGCUUGCUCAUCCGUCAGACCUACGACCAGGAGCCUCGACCGCGUGAAGUGCAAUUCCUCACGCGCGAUGACGUGUUGGUCUCCACACGGCAAAGUGUGUUGAGAGCUUCGGGGGAAGCACUCGAGCUGAGUGGCGUCACAUACUCUGCAGAGAAGCUGGUGGAUGGAAAGCUAGAGGAUGACUCACGCUGGAUUUCGUCUGGGCUGCCGACUGACUACAACAAUUGGGAGAUCAUCUUCGAGGUGCGAGCGAGUGACUCCAUCCUACUCAUGCACACCUGUGGAACCGCACUCGUGGACCGAGUUUCUGGACUUGAAGAGAUCUCUUUGUCGGGAGCGAAAGUGACUUGGCCGAUUCCGUUCAGCACACAGGGAGGUCAAUAUAAACUUUGCUGGUGUAGCAAGCUGGAGUUGUGUGUGUCGCCUUUGGAUUUUCAGCUGGACUUUGGCACUCUCACCAUCGCUGGUCCCUUCUUCAAUGAAGUCACAUGCAUCAGCGGACAGCACUGUGCCUUUUCCUUCUAUGGCCAGGAUCUCACAGACGGCGACCAAUUGCAGAUUCUGAAUACAUGUGGUGCAGUAACUUCUGGUGCUUUGGAGAGCCUUUCCAACAUUUUUGGUACUUUGGAAGUGGCAAAGUCACUUGCAACUUUUCCCUUGCCAAUCAUUGGUACUGGCUUGUAUCAGCUUUGUUGGUGCCGGCCAAGUGCGCUGAGUGGCUGUGUAUCUCCAGACGACUUCAUCACCAAUGCAGGUGAGCUUCAUCUUUUAGGUCCAUUUUCAGAGCAUCAUACCUGUGUGAGUGGACGUGCUUGCCAGCAGGUGCUUAUGGGUUCUGGCAUCUCCAGUGAAGAUCAGAUCUUAUUGCUGGAGACCUGUGGAAGCUUGCUCAGUGAUUUCACCCUCCGACUUCAAGUUGGAGAUGGAAAUAGCACCCGCAAUGAGACCAACGGCGAGGCAACCGCAAGCAAUCUGGUGGCCUUUGGCUGGGAGGAGAAUCAAAUGGAUGCAGCAUACCUGCGGGUCAUGACUGCAAGCGAUGGCACCCUCGGUACAUCCUUUACCGGAGCCACUAGCUUGUUGUCGGGCGGCACAUAUCGCUUGUGCUGGUGCUCAGAACGCGUGAGUGGGACUGAGCAAGCGAUGCAUGCGCUGUCCAACCUUUCCAAUUCCUCCCUUGGCAGCUGCUCAAGGUCCAUUGACUUCCGCUCAGAUGCUGGUGCAUUGUUCCUCUUGGGCCCUGCACCCAUCACGCAGCACUUCACCUGUCUUUCAGGUGAACGAUGUUCCCUUGGACUCAAAGGACAUGGCUUUUCAGAGCAAGACAGGCUGCAAGUGAUGGAGACCUGUGGAAGCGCAGCUGUGCCCAAGAGUUCCAGCUUCAUCUCAGUAGUACAGGCUGGUGCCAUGGCAGACUUCAGUACUGAGAUCCAAAUCUCUGCAGCUGGAGGGGAGUACCGACUUUGUUGGUGUCCGGGAUUCAAUAUGAGUGGGUACAACGUGUCCAUCAAUGAAGGGGAUGCCUGUUUCAACGCUGGGACCUUCCAGAUCAUGGGCCCUUCACCAUUGGAGCAGCAUCGGACCUGCGUCAGUGGCCACAGCUGUCGGAUCUCCAUCAGCGGCUAUGGCGAUCUGUCCAGCUCGGGUUCCUUCCUGAUCCAAGACACCUGCGGCAUCGAUCAAGUGGUGCCUCGCUUCAGCCAUGCUGGCCUCAUGGAGUCCAUCGAAGCGUCUCUGGGUGUGUCCACCUUUACAGCCUUUGUGAAUUGGGCCACGGCAACUGCGGCCGGCGGCACAUAUCGCCUUUGUUGGGCUCCAUAUCCUCAUUCUCCAGCGAGUUCAGAGCUGCUUCACCUCAUGAGCAACUCAUCCAACACAUCGGAGUUCGACGCCUCCCUUUUCCAAGGCUUUGUCGAAGGCAAUGCGUCCAACCUCACCAGGCUCCUGAUCACUGGCUUCAACUCAAGCGAUAGCCUCAUGAUCCUUGAAACCUGUGGAGGCAUCCAUCUUCUGGAAGCAGUGGUGCUUGCUGGUGGUGCGACAGUGGCUCGCUCUAUCCACUCGCGGACAUGCAUUAGUGGACAAAUCUGCAGUGUUGUGGGUUUGCCGGGUUUGACCACUGACUCUGAGCAGAUGCAGAACUCAUCCAUUCUGAUUUUGGAUACCUGUGCUUUACCCUCACAUGUACAAGGCUGGCCUCAAGCUGGACAGAGCCUCACUCUUCAGUUGCCGAACUCCAACGAAAGUGCUCGAGUCUUCCCAAUCUCCUGGGGCGAGACGCCGGUUCGGGCCAGAGGUGGCAUCUAUCGAUUGUGUUGGUGUGCCACGACGCCUUGCUUCACCUAUGAGGACUUCAGUGAAGACCUUGGAACUUUGACCCUCAUUGGCCCAUCCACAUCCGACUACUCGUCCACCUGUGUGAUCGGUCGUCCAUGUGAGUCGAUGCUUCAAGGUGUCCAUCUCUCACAGAACGACACCGUUUGGGCCCUGGAGACCUGUGGUCUUUUGGGUCUCUCCGGCGCAUUGGUCUUCUCGGUGCAGAGACAAUGGCCGGCGAUGGAGCCGAUCGGCGGUGCCGAGCUGGGUGGCGGUGAGCGAGUCAACACCUUGCUUCUGGAGAACAGCUUGCCAAUGGCAGGUGGAACUUAUCGGCUUUGCUGGUGUGGGAAGGAUGGCCCAGCUUGGCCCAAUGCAACGGAAAGUCAUUCCAAUCGCACUGACUGCACGUUGGCCACUGACUUCCAAACGGACUUCGGAGCACUUCACAUGUUAGGGCCUGUGACCACUGGAGCCUUCACGUGUGUGACCGGCCGUGCUUGUCGGAUUUGGCAUUUGUCUGGAUACACAGAGGGCCACUUCUCAAUUCUGGAUACCUGCGGCGAAGCCAUGCGAACUCCGAGUCGCUUCAGUCCGGUGGGGAAUGGGACUAACAUGUCAUCGCCACCAUUUCUAGUGGAGGCAGUGCCCCGUCUCGGUGGGCAAUAUCGACUUUGCUGGUGCGGACGAGCCAGUUGUGAGGAUAUCUCGGCUGCGGGUGGAGGGUCCACCGAUACCGGAGCCGUCUUCGUCUUGGGUCCAUUGUUGGAGCAAGAUCGGACGUGCAUCAGCGGCAGAAGCUGCUUCAUUGAUGGGAUUCUGGGUCUUGGGUUGACUUCGGGCGACAAAGCGUUGAUUCUGGACACAUGUGGUGUCUCACUGUAUGUGCCAGGGCUUCAUGAUGCAGGAAUCGCCACGGGCAUGUCCAAUCGAUCUUCCUUUGCUUGGCCAAGUGUCUCUGCCAAUGGUGGGGAAUAUCGGCUUUGUUGGUGUGCAGAUCGCUCGACGGAGGGUCUAAGUCUUCCCAUUCUUCAGAGUGGAUUGGUUCCUUUGGGUUGUUUGACCCCUGCGGACUUCGAUGUGGACUUCGGAAAGCUUCAUCUCAUUGGACCCCAGGCCUCUCAAGCCUUUACCUGCGUCAGUGGUCAGACAUGUGUCCUCAAAGGAGUGAGCUACGCGGCAGGGUACACGGAGUACACAGAGAUGUCCAGAGAUUCACUGCUUGUGCUUGAUUCCUGUGGCCAUUCACCCAGCACCAAACAGCUUCCACCGAUUCCUGCUUUCGAAGUGGAACCAUUUGCGUUCUCGUGGGGCAAUCUUCCUCUAACGAUGCCUGGAGGAGACUUUAGGCUUUGCUGGUGUUCAUCGCGCUCGUCCGGUGAAUAUGAAUCUAAUGCCACCGGUGAAUAUGAAAGUUUUUGUCAAAGAGCCGACCAGUUUGUGGUGGAUCUGGGGCAUUUGCACAUCGUCGGUCCUGAUUUGAAGCAUGUCCGCACAUGUGUUGUUGGCUGGCCCUGCCACCUGACUGGAUUCCAUGGCCGAGACUUGCAGCUGGGCGACCGAUAUUUGAUUUUGGACACCUGUGGUCUGGCCAGCCACGUUCCUCAAUCCCCGGCCGCAUUCUUACAGAGUGCUUCUGGCACUUGGGGCACCGAAGUCUCUUGGGACACCGCUGUGUCUUCCAGUGGAGGCAUCUAUCGGAUUUGUUGGUGUGCACAAGGAUUCUCUUGCAGCACUUUCGAGGAUUUCCGAGUUGACACUGGUGAGCUACUGUUGGAAGGCGUUUUGCCAGAGCAGACCUUCACUUGCUUCCGGGGAAAGCCAUGUAAAGUCUCACAUGUGCAGGGAGUGCACAUUGAAUCCCAAAAAGCUGAGUUCCUUAUCAUGGACACCUGUAACUCAAAUCUUGGCCUCGGCUCGCUGAGCAGUGCUUGGGCUCUUGCUCGCUCAGUUCCUGGUGUAGAUGCUCUUUGGGAAUUCAGUUUGACCUUGCAAGGCGGUGAAUACAGGCUAUGUUGGUGUGCUGAGCUGCUUGAGACAAGCGGCACAGUGGCUGACAACAACACACUCUCGCCUUCUUCCUGGCAGGUGCUUGCAAGUAACACGCCGUCUCCAUUCAACGUCUCUUUCUACAAUCGCAGCUCAUGUCUUCGGCCAGACUUCCGAGUGGAUGUGGGGACCUUGUAUUUGGUGGGUCCAGCUACAGGACAUGACUAUACUUGCAUCAGUGGCCGGACCUGUUCCAUCGACUCCGUGAUUGGUCUUGGUUUGAACAACAACGAUGCCUAUCUCGUCCAAGACACAUGUGGAGUCGCUGCUGCCGUCUCUGGAUUUAGCUCUGGUGGUCAUGCAAGUUCUAUCACUGCCAGUGGAACAGCAGUGAGUUGGGGAAGCAUCGCAGUCACAGCUGCUGGUGGUCAAUAUCGACUUUGCUGGUGUACAGAGGUUACAACACCCGGAAACACUUCAGCCCACUUCGGUUACUCCAGCUGUGUGUCCCCCACGAGCUUUCUCGCAGACGUUGGAGUUCUGCAAGUGAUCGGUGUGGAUGUUCAACAGACUCGGACCUGUGUCACUGGCCGAAGCUGUCUCAUUGAUGGCAUCACAGGUUUUGGCUUGACGAAUGGAGACAUGCUGCUGAUUUUGGACACCUGCACCGACCACUCAUUGAACGAGACGUUCGUCAGUCACACUGGUCUUCGAUCAUGGCAGGACGGGCUGGGCACACAGGCACUGGCAGCUUCCAUGGGCUAUGCAUGGUACUGGGAUGCGAAUCAAGUUCCUAUUUGGGGCGGUGAGUACCGCCUUUGUUGGUGUUCACGUUUGACAGCAAAUGGCACUAUGGACAUCGACAGCAACAACUCUUGCAGUGUUUCGACGGACUUCGCGGUUGAUGUUGGAGAGCUUCUGGUGCUGGGUCCCACACCUUUGCAAAGCUUCACUUGCAUCAGUGGACGAGAAUGCAAAAUUGCCAGCAGAAUAUACGGGGACAGCGAUUCUUUUAUGAUCCUGGACACCUGUGGUGCGGGAGGGCAGCUAGCAGUUGAUAGCAGGCUGGGAGUGUCGGGAGAUUCUGCCAGACUCAGAUUGCCCGGUGGCAACUACAGGCUGUGUUGGUGUCCAACUAGCUUCAGCGACUUUACCAACCAGACAGGAAACAUCUCGAAGUUUCGCUGCGAAAGCUUCUUGGACUUCUUCGAUGUGGGUCACCUGGAAAUGAUUGGUGUGGCUGGUACACAGGAUCGCACGUGCAUGAGUGGACAGGCUUGUGAGGUGGAUUUGCUUGGCUUGCACCUCUCAGAGUGGGAUCUUUGGCAGGUCUUUGACACCUGCGGAGUGUCCGGAACACCGGGCUUUCCACCAGCUCCUUCCGUCCAUCUCUCAGCUCACCAAGACGGCGGCCUUUGGAGCACCGCACGCGUUUCAUGGAACUCCAUCACAUCCCCUGGAGGAGUCUACCGUUUGUGCUGGUGUUCAAGAGGUAAUUGGACGGACUCCGCUUCCACUUGUCGAGAUUCGUUCGUGGAUGUUGGACAGUUGGACGUCCUUGGCCCUGGCAUUCGAUGGACUUUGGUUCAACGAGGGCAUUGUGGCAGCAGACCAGACUAUCCUGAACCCAUCGUGCUUGAAACCAACUGGACCAGCCAGGAGUCUUGCCAUGCGCGCUGCGAGCAACUGCGAAAUGAGUGCUUGGUGGGCUGGUAUGCAGAUCGUGGCCCGAGUCAAGGGGAAUGCCAAAUCAUGGAAACUUGUGCUUUGAUCGCUAGCGAUUCAGAGGACACUCUACUUCUCUUUCCCCCUCAACCGGCAUUUCAGACACGAACAUGCGUCAGCGGGCAGGUUUGUACGAUUGGCAACCUGCUGGGAAAUGGCCUCACGGAAGAUGACUCAUACAUGAUCUUAGACACAUGUGGUCUUCAGAAUGCUUUGGUGGAUAGGAUGGACCGGGCAGGCAGGAUGGUCUUCACAUCUUCCAACUUCUUCAACUCCUCGGGCAUUGGACAUUGGGAAGCUCGAAGCAGUGCGGCUGGUGGAGAGUACCGCAUUUGUUGGUGUGCCGGUGCUCAGGGCUGCAGCUUCUCCGAAUCAUUUCGAACAGAUGCAGGAAGCUUAGUGCUACUGGGGCCAAGCCCCCUUUCACAACAUCGAACAUGUGUCAGUGGUCGGAGCUGCAUGGUGGAUGGAGUUCUGGGUGAAGGUUUGGGAGCUGGUGACAGGAUUUGGAUUUUGGACGACACGUGUGGUGCCACGGGCGACUUCUCCGACGCUGCUGGGCUCGCGCCGGCCGCGGCGGGUGGGACCUCCUUCUCCUGGACACUCCUGGACCUGCCUGGUGGUCAAUAUCGGCUUUGCUGGUGCGGAACAUCGGGAGUCUGCCAGAUGGGCGAAGAAUUUGUGGUUGACCUGGGUGAAUUGACGUUGCUGGGCCCAUCCUUUGGUCUUGGUCUGGAGGGCACGAGGCGGACCUGCAUCAGCGGGCAAGCAUGUCGGAUCGAUGGACUUCGGCUCGAGGUCGGAAGCGUUGGUUCGGUUCUGCUCUUGGACUCCUGUGGCACACCUCAAGCGUUUCCCCAACAUGUCCAAGAUGCCGCGGAAGUCACGGACCUCACGCGGGAUGCCCGAUGGGCUAGGUUGACCCUACAGGGUGGCACCUAUCAGUUAUGCUGGUGCUCAGGGGAAACGUUCAACAGCAACUUCUCGCAAGGUGCCUUGGUGGCACCAAACGGGAAUGCUUCACUGGUUGGAUCCUGUUCGAAUAGCCUGGCCUUUACAGCUCCUUUCGGGUCUUUGUCGCUCCUUGGACCUGAGUAUUCCAAGCAGGGCUUCACCUGUGUCUUUGGACAAAGCUGUGCAGUCUUUGGCAUCAGUGGUACAGGAUUGAAGCUGGAGGAUCGCUUCUUGAUCCUGGACACCUGCGGAUUGACCGGCUUUGUUUUGGGAGCUUCUGCGACUUUGCACUCCCUCCCCGAAUACAACGUGACCCUGAUGAACCAAAGCGAUGAAGCAGGAGCAGGGCCACUGGGAGUGGCUUGGAGGGAUCCGAUGAUGGUUCCAAGUGCUGGAAUCUAUGAGCUUUGUUGGUGUUCAGGACAUUCCUCCUGUUCCUUGCCGGAAGACUUUCAGGUCUCAGCUGGCACCGUGACGCUUCGUGGUCCACGGAGCCCUCAGGAUCGGACGUGCGUCUCGGGGCAGAGGUGUUCCGUUGGAAUCGCCGGGAUCGGCUUUCAGUCCGAUGAGAGGUUCUUGAUUCUGGACACCUGUGGAAGCUCAUUCCUUCCAUGGGGAGUGUCUUCAGCGCUCAAAAUGGAGAAUGCCAGCGGGAAUCUCACUGACAUUGGGGAGUCUAUCACAGUCUCGUCAGCUCCGGAGCCCCUUUCAGCAGCCGGUGGAGUCUACCGCUUGUGUUGGUGUGCAGCAGGAUUUGAUUGUGAGAGUAGCCUAAGCUUUCGAGCGGAUGUUGGUGCACUCUACCUCUUGGGUCCAAGGACGCAUUCCGGAGGUUGGCUACGAGGCUUUUGUCACGGGCAGAAAGAGCAUAGUCAUCAAACGAUCAGCAAAGCGCAGUGUUUCAACCUCGGAAGACAAUCCUACGGCGAUCCUUCCGUGGUGGCUCUUCGCUUCGAUGACAGCACCAGUAGCUGUAGAUUCUUGAGCUAUUGCUGGAACUUCGUUUCGAGUGAUGCCUCCACUUACGAGAUCUUCUUCCUCCAGAGGUCGACGGGCGGCCGUCCUUCUUUGGAGGUCCCACGCGACACCUCGAGCAAAGGCAACACUUUGCAAGUGAGCUGGGGCACCGCCAUUUCCGCGGUCGGCGGCAGGUACAGGCUAUGCUGGUGCGGGGGCAAUUCUGAUUGCAUCUCACCCUCUGACCAUUUGGUCGACAUUGGCUCCUUUCUUCUCAUUGGGCCGGAGAUGUCUGUUGACCGAACGUGCGUGGCUGGACAAACUUGUUUGGUGAAGAGUUUGCAAUUGGAAUCGCCAUCAGACAGUGACCACAUCAUCGUUCUAAACACAUGUGGCAGCUCAGAUCUCGUUGAAGGGUGGCCUCUAGAAGCAGCAAUGACGACUGCAAGUGGUACAGUUGCCCAGUGGGACGUUGUGCAAGCUGAAGGUGGGCAGUAUCGCUUGUGUUGGUGCCGUGGUACAUGCAACUCUGUGGAAAGCUUUAUUGCAGACUUGGGACGAGUGUCUUUGCUUGGUCCAGCACCUCUACAGUAUGCUGCCACAUGUAUCAGUGGAAGGCCUUGCACGUUUCGCGGCGUUGUUGGUGAGGGUCUCAGAGUCAAUGACUCCAUUCAGCUUCUGAGCACUUGUGGCACCACGUCAGUCCCCGACUGUGUACCCUUAGCAGGUCAAACGGUGAGCGUGGAGACUGGCACAGUGAGUUGGGGAAGUCUUCCAAUUUCAGGCCCCGGAGGACGUUACAAGCUUUGUUGGUGCUCGGCCGAUUUCCCAUGUGCUCGCCCGGAGGAUUUUCGCCUUGAGAUGGGUUCUUUGGAUUUGCUGGGGCCAUGGCCUUUGGAUCAAGAUCGCACCUGCAUCAGCGGUUCAACAUGUUUCAGCCCAGAGUUGACGGGGUACCACAUCGGCGAUUCCUUAAUUGCUCUUCUGUCCAGUUGUGGAAAUGAGUUUGCUCAAAGCGUGGUGGAAUCCAUCAGCACCGCCCAGUGGAAUCGAUCAGUCAUGACGGCACCUGGCGGGCAAUACCGUGUAUGUUGGUGCAUGCCAGAGGUCAAUAUCGAUCCAAGUUUCUAUAACUUCAGCAAUGCGACGGAUUGCAGUCGUUGGUCGCACUUCCACACGGAUGUGGGAAGCCUCAACAUCCUAGGUGAGGGUUCUUUGUUAACAGCACCUGUGGUCUUUGAAGCCAACUUCACACGAGGAUCCGCUUCAGACGGAUCCGCUCAAGUUCUGUUCCUCGACACCUGUGGUGUGCCCAUUGGAAACACCAAUGUCUCGGAGGUCGAGGUCGAGACCUCGAUCACGGCUCCAGGCGGGACAUACAGGCUUUGCUGGUGUGCUGCUGUGGUCCUCGACGUGAAUUCCAGCGAAGGGUGUUUGGAUGCUCGUGAAUUCCGAACCGAUUUCGGAGAAGUCUACGUCAUAGUGCCAGCGGAGAACAUGAGCUCUGAAGUUGAUCUCACAACAGUUUGGCCUUUGAAUGUGACGGGCGUCGCCAAUCUCAGCAUCUCCAUCACCACACAGGAUCGAACCUGCGUAGCGGGACGAGCGUGCCUGAUUGAAGACAUCUACGUGAACGGCUCGUUGCAUGUGCUGGACACCUGUGGAUCCGGCUGGACCGGCUCGGGAAACGGCUCGGUGUCCGAACGGCAGUGGCUUGGCAGCUUCACGCGAAGCAACGCGUCCGAGCACUGGAUGCCCAAUCGCUUGGUGCUGGAGGCGGGCGAAGCACUCGAAGCGGGGGAAUACCGUUUGUGUUGGUGUGCUGAUGGCAUUUGUGAACAUCCAGAUGAAAUGCAACUGGAUGUUGGCACGUUUUCGGUCAUUGGUGCCAAUUCGGAGCAGGACCGGACCUGUGUAAGUGGACAGGCAUGUUCCUUUGAGAUUUCUGGACACUAUUUGCAUGCUACUGAUGAAGUCCUGAUCACUGCCACCUGUGGAGUACCAUCAAUUCUACCUCCUCUUCUUGUGACUCUGGUUGGAGAAUCUCUGUCAGUCUCAACUGCAGAGCCUAUAGCAUCAGGAGGUCAAUUCCGACUUUGCUGGUGCAGUGGUCAGUUCUGCAUCGAGGACGUCGGAGUGGAUGUUGGCAGCUUGAGUAUGAUUGGACCGAGCCAAAAGCAGACUGGAACCUGCGUGAGUGGCCAGCUCUGCGUCUUGGAGCAGAUCAAAGGCAAUCAUUUGUCUCCCGGCGAUAGCUUGGUGGUUCUCGACACCUGUGGAGUUGAACGAUCUGUGCCACGCUUUCCCAAUGCUGGUCGCAUGGAUGUGAUCUUGCAGUGUCAAUGUGCUGCCAGCAACGGUGAUUCCGACCUGGAUGGUGUGAAAGACUGCUUGGAUGCCUGCCCCUUCGAUCCCAAUAGCACCACCGCUGGAGCUUGUGGCUGUGGUGUGGACGACGUGGAUUCGGAUUUCGAUGGCAUCCCCGACUGCUUAGACCAAUGUCCUUCAGAUCCCAGUAAGUCCGGAACUGGAGGACCUGGUGCAGAAACACGAGUUUGUGGAUGCAAUGUGGCUGAAGUGGAUGCGGACCUUGAUGGAAUUCCAGGCUGCCUGGACCUCUGUCCCAGCGACCCCAACAAGUACCGUCCCGGAAUCUGCCCUGGACCUGAAUGGCUGGUGAUGAGCAACAAAGUCACACAUCAGUCUUCCACGCAGUCCUUGCGAAGCUCCCACUUGGCUGUGGAUGCCUCCAUAAGUGCGAACUUCUACCAAGGCAGUUGUACCUGGACGAAUACGGAGAGCUCACCCUGGUGGUACGUCGAUUUGGGCUUCACCUUCCAAGUCUCCACGGUGCGUGUGACGCCGCGGAGCGAUUGCUGCGACAGCAGCCUGGUGGGAUUGGAACUUUGGACCAGUUCCAUCAGUGCCACAAGCUUCACGGAUGGCACGCGCUGUGGGGUCGUCACGCUUCAGCCAGCGUUGCCCGCCGUGGGGGAAGAAGCCCCGGUCAUCGACAUGUCUUGCCAAGGUGAAGGACAGCACAGUGAGUACUUGGGCACCUGCGGAUGUGGUGAGCUGGACGAUGAUUCGGACGGUGACGGUACACCCGAUUGCAUUGAUCAAUGUCCACUGGAUCCCUUGAAGACUCGCGUGGGCAUUUGUGGUUGUGGACAGUCGGAGUUGGACACCGAUUCCGAUGGCACCCCCGAUUCCUGGUUUUGUGAUUGCAACGACAACUGUCCUUGGAUGACCGACUCCCUUGGACCCGGGUCCAUCCCCUGUGGCUUCAUCGCCGGGCUCGACUCGGAUGAUGAUGGCACGUUGGACUAUGAAGAUUUUUGCCCAUACGUGGUGGAUUCUGAUGGUACCCCGAGUGCAACGAUGACCAUCAAUACAGGCUUCACUGAAAUCGAUUCCGAUUUGGAUGGGGUCGCCGACUGCCUGGACCAGUGUCCCAGCGAUGCGACCAAGACCUUACUGGGCUCCUGCGGAUGUGGGUGCCAUGGCGGAAAGACGGUCGACUGCGUAGAGCUGCGGCUCUCAGACGUGGAUACAGACCUGGAUGGAGUCCCCGAUUGCAUCGAUCAAUGUCCCAAUGACUUCAACAAGGUCUUCGUGGGCGCCUGUGGAUGUGGCGUCGUGGACACGGACUCGGAUGGUGAUGGCAUGCCAGAUUGCUUGGACAUGUGCCCACAUUCUCCCAUUACACAGCUGGGUCCUUGUGGUUGUGAUGUCACGGACACGGAUGGCGAUGGUGUUUUGGACUGCGUGGAUCAAUGCCCCAGUGACGCCAGCAAGAGUCUAGCAGGUCUGUGUGGAUGUAAUGUGCCAGACACUGAUAGUGAUGGUGAUGGCAUUCCGGACUGCUAUGACGCAUGCCCUGGUCAGUCGGAUAUCGCCAAUGAAGGCCUGGCCGUACAGUUUAGUGUCCCAGUCACUGCUGCAGGAGGAGAAUUUCGUUUAUGUUGGUGCGCAGCAGGAUUCAGCUGUGACCGAGUGCAGGGCUUUGUGGACUUUGGAUCUUUGGAGAUCGAUGGACCCACCUUGGAGCAAGAUCGCACCUGUGUAGCUGGCCAAACCUGCCGAGUGGACGAGCUUCUGGGCACCGGUUUGCACGUGAGUGAUCAUGUGACGGUGCUCAAUACGUGUGGCACGCACGCAUUUGUGGAAGGUUUGCCAGAAGGUGGCUCGCUCUCAUCGAGCUUCAAUGACACCUUUGCGUUGGGAUUUGGCCCAGCCAAAAUCACAGCUGGAGGUGGUGAAUACAGACUCUGUUGGUGUGGUUUCAAUCAGGAUUGCAGCCAACCUUCUCAAUUUCGUAUGGAUGUCGGACGCUUUUGGCUUGUUGGCCCAUCCUUACAGCAGAGCUGGACUUGCAUCAAUGGUCAGGCGUGCCAGCUGGAUACGAUUGGACAAAGCUUGGCAGAGUAUGACAUGGUGGCUGUGAUGGAUACUUGCAUGAAUGAUUUGUCAGCCCAACCAUUUCCUUGGACAGUGCUCUCCAUGGCAGGCUCAAGUGGAGCAUCCUAUGAGUUUCAGAAUCCCAUGAGAGCAGGCCAGUACCGGAUUUGUUGGUGUGCAACGGGAAUGAGUUGCAGCAGCUUUGAAGACUUUGCCUUGGACAUUGGAUCCUUAAGCUUGCUUGGUCCAACACCUUUGCAGCAACAUCGCACCUGUGUUGCAGGACAGCCAUGUCAUUUUGAGGGCUUCUCUUCCUACGGUGAGCUUGGACUGGGUAUUCUGCGGAUCUUAGACACAUGUGGAAGCGGAAGUACAGGAGGCACACUGGGACGCUUGCCCAACACUGGAGUCUUUACGGCCAAAGAACCCCGAACUGCAGCAGGAUGUGGUGCAGCUGCGCAAGAUGCGGAUUUGGAUGGUAUUGCCAACUACUUGGAUGAAUGCCCUUUUGACGUGAAUCACAAUCUCACUGGUCUUUGUGGAUGUGGCAUCGAUGAGAUCGAUUCAGAUGGUGACGGCACACCCGACUGCUUGGACGCUUGCCCAUCCGAUGCGUCCAAGGACGUAUCUCCAGGUCACUGUGGCUGUGGCACCAGUGAUGUCGAUACAGAUUUGGAUGGUUCACCGGAUUGCAUCGAUCUGUGCCCCAACGAUGCAUCCAAGACGACACCUGGUUUGUGUGGUUGUGGUACUUCGGACAGUGCCGACAGUGAUUCAGAUGGAACCCCCGACUGCUAUGACCAAUGUCCCAGCUUUCCAGAUCAAACACCACCGGUGUGCGGUUGCACCGCCGCAACAGCGGACGAUGAUGGUGAUGGAGUCUCGAAUUGCUUUGAUGCGUGUCCCAACGACUUCAACAAAGUGGCGGCAGGUGUUUGUGGAUGUGGAGUAGCUGAAACAGACACUGACCUGGAUGGGCAGAUGGAUUGUGUGGACGCAUGUCCUUUGGAUGCAGCAAAGACAUCACCAGGACAGUGUGGAUGUGGAGUGGCAGACACUGACACAGACUCUGACUCCGUUGCAGAUUGCAUGGAUCAGUGUCCCAGUGAUGCCAGCAAAACUCUUCCGGGCUUUUGUGGCUGCGGCGUGUCGGACACGGAUGCAGACAAUGAUGGAGUUCCCGACUGCCAUGACCAGUGCCCGGGAGUCUUUGACCGGCGAACACAAGAGGAGGCGUCCUUUUAUACGCUUGGUGACAUUGCAGUCUCUGCAGCUGGAGGCUUGUAUCGCUUGUGCUGGUGUGCGACGGAAGAACAUUGUCAGAGCGAGCAGGAAUUCACAACAGAUGUUGGAACACUUGAAAUCAUCGGUCCAAGCGAUUUGCAUCAGGAUCGGACUUGUCUCAGUGGCAAAGUUUGUCGUGUCGCUGCCUUCGAAGGUUUGCACUUGGAUUCAAGGGAUCAACUCCUUGUGCUGGACUCCUGCAUGACAACACUGGAGGCAGACAGCGGAGACAACGCAUCCAUGCCCGUGGCACACUUUGUGAGUCAAUUUGAGAGAUACAAUGGGACAGAGGUGUCCACGUUUGCAUCCCACGGCGUUUUGGAAGUGGUUGGGGGUACCUACACGCUUUGCUGGUGCUCUGGUGCAUUUGAUUGCUCCACCUCAUCCCAGUUUCACGUUGAUGUGGGCAGCUUUACAGUGGUGGGGCCAAUCUCCCAAGAACAGCACUUCACAUGUGUGGCCGGACAGGCGUGUUUGCUCAGCGAGAUCCAUGGACACUGGUUUUCAGAGGGUGACAGUGUGUUAUACAAAGAGAUUGAUCACUUCGAUACAACUCAGUGGCAGCCAUUGCCACAGAAGGACUUUGCAGCCUUUGCAUCUUCAGAUGUCGCCAGACCUAGCGGUGGCAGCUACAGGCUUUGCUGGUGCUCAGGGCUUUGCAGGGAGUUUUCGCAUUUUGCCGUUGACAUGGGGGAGUUGCAAAUGAUUGGGCCAACACAGGCUGGAAGGCAGCAUCGUACAUGCAUUUCUGGACAACCGUGCUCCUUCUCCGUUGAAGGUUGGCGCUUGAACGCAGCUGAUGCCUUCGUCAUUUUGCACACCUGUGGGGAAGCUUCCACCCUUGCAAGAAGCCCCGCCUCUGGUCAUUUGACCACAGAUAGUGUUUUUCACCCAGAUGCGGCUGUGGCAAUCACAUUUGCACGGACCUCCUUCAAUGCAGAGUUGCUCACCUCAGCAGGUGGCAUCUAUCGCCUUUGCUGGUGUUCUGCGGUGUCCACUUGUCAAGAUGCCACUCAGUACCUUAUGGAUGUUGGACAGGUGCAAAUCAUCGGUCCACAGCCAUUGGAGCAAGACCGAACCUGUGUUGCGGGGCAGACGUGCUUGCUUGGUGCCCUGUCCGGCGUCACGCUCUCGACCGCAGAUCGCUAUUACAUCCUUGACACCUGUGGCAUCGCCACGGGCCCCACGGGCUUUCCUGGAGCAGGAAUCAGCGAUGUGAAUGUCUCCACGAGUGAAAGCACGGUCUCUUGGAACGUCCGGGUAUCAGCUGCAGGAGGUCUCUACCGAAUCUGUUGGUGUGCAGCUGGACAAAGCUGUAGUGGUGCUGAGGACUUCCAAGUGGACAUGGGAAGAUUAGACUUAGUCGGACCGCACCAGCUUGGCACGUCCACAUGCUUUUCAGGUCAAACUUGUGUGAUCCCAGUGUCGGGUACAUAUUUGAGCAGCCAAGACACAGCAGUUCUCUUAGACACCUGCGGAAUCUCAUCAUGGACACCGGGCUUGAAUAGCUUCCCAAGCGAAGGAACACCCGUCCUUUCAUCGCAGACCGGCGCGCUUGGCACCAGUCGUUUGCAGCUUGGCAGUAGUGGCGCUUUGGCCGCCAUUGUCACAGCAGGAGGCUUUGAGUGCUUCUUGCCUUCAGAUUUCAUGGACAUCGGCCAGCUGACCCUCAUUGGUCCAAGUUUGGAGCAAGAUCGAACCUGCAUGACGGGUCAGACCUGCAGCGUGGAUGGCAUCUCCGGGACCUUCAUCAGUGCUGCCGGGGCCGUGAUGAUUUUGGAUACCUGUGGCGUUGGGGAGGACACAGGAGUUUUGCCUUGGCGCUUUCCACUGGAGCAGCCAAAUUUGGUCUUUGAAACAUCAUUGGCUUCUUUGAAGAUUGAGUGGAACACUUCGAUUACUGCACAUGGUGGAGAAUAUCGGAUGUGCUGGUGUUCAGCUCUCGACUGUUGGUCUUCACAGAGCUUUUUGGUGGACUUCGGGCGCUUCAGCAUCGUGGGUCCUUGGGCUCCCUUCCCCGUGGAACGGACCUGCGUGUCGGGGCAACGAUGCGAGAUCGAUGGCUUUUCCGGUGAACUUCAACCACAGAAGCUCGUACAGCCGGUCUUGUUGGUGCUUGAGACCUGCGGUACCACUGCAUUGAUCUCAGCGCUCCCCUCGGAUGGUACUUUGACGAUCUCGGCAUCCGGGGCAUCUGCCUCGUUUGGCCAAACAAGGCUUUCCAGUGCGGGUGGGGAAUAUCGGCUUUGUUGGUGUGAUGAUGCGACGUGUGUUGAGCAGGAGGAGGAGGCGCGACUGGCUCAGAUCGAUCUGGGCAAGCUCCACAUCCUGGGGCCCAAGAAGGGCUUUGCUUUCACUUGUGUGGCUGGACAAGAAUGUGCGAUUGACGGGCUACAAGGCACGGGUUUGAGUGUUGGAGACCGUUGGCUUCUCUUGGAGACCUGCGCUGCGACCGUUCCGGUCUUGGGAAUGCCCAAUGCUGGACAAGUGGUGUCGGUCGCCAACAGUGGUGCCAGCAUUGACUUCGGAUCAGAAGUAGCCCGUGGAGCCGGGACUUACAGGCUGUGCUGGUGUGCGGCUGGCUUCGUAUGUAGUACAAGUGAACAUUACAAUGUGGACGUGGGGGAGUUGCUGCUCAUCGGCCCUUCCCUGGACCAAACACGAACCUGCAUCAGUGGCCAGCCCUGUAGCUUUUCCACACCUUUGGGUCAGAUGCUAUCUCCCAGCGACUCGUAUAUGAUUCUUGAGACUUGCGGUCAAGGAGGAGGUCUAGUAACUGGAUUGCCAGAUGCAGGUUUGCUCACUGUGAUUCCCAUGACCAAUGAAUCCUGUCAGGGAGGAGACUGUGAGUUGACUUUUGGUACAACCAUCGUCACGGCUCAUGGUGGACAAUACAAACUUUGCUGGUGUUCAGGCAGUUCCCCACCCUGCAUCCGUGAAGAACACUUCCUUGUGACGAUCGGGAAUCUGGAACUCCUUGGACCUCACUUGAUCAGAUCGGGUCGAACGUGCAUUGCGGGGCACAGCUGCGUCGUGGAGGACAUCCAUGGCCACGGUCUCAGCGAACACGUCGGGUUCUUCGACACCUUGGCCAUCCUGGACACCUGUGGCGUGCGAAGGUCUGGCAUCUUGGUGGAGGCAUCUACGGCGCAGGGUUCCGGGGCCUCGUUCACCUUCAGCCUCCUCACGGCAGCAGGUGACGGUGGGCAGCUUGACCUUGAUCGGGCCAACGAGUUCUCAGGUCUCCACAUUAGCACAGCAGAUUCCUAUAUGAUCUUGGAGACCUGUGGCUUUGGAGUGGUUGAUCGCUUCCCACUUGCUGGGCAGCCAGAGAUCCUGGUUCGUGAAGCAGAUUUGGAAGCUUGGAACCUGCCACAGUCUUUGCAAUGGCAGGAGCUUCAGGUGGUUUCCUUGAGCUUCACCACUCCAAUCACAGCGGCAUCGGGACAAUAUCGGAUUUGUUGGUGUGCAGCUGCAGCUGCCUGUGUCUCCGCUUCAGAUUUGCGUGUGGAUGUGGGUGAAUUGCGUCUCUUCGGCCCGAAGCUGGAGCAAUCCGUGACCUGCGUCACAGCACAAGACUGUCACAUUCAAGGCCUUCUGGGUGAAGGUCUACAGAUUGAUGAUCAGAUCAUGAUUUUGGAUACCUGUGGGGUGAGCAAUCUUGGGGAUCUCAACUUUUCAGGUGACCAUGGCUGGCCACAGAAGGGCCUCGCCAGUGCCCAGUCCUUCCAUGGAGUCAUCAAAGAUGGACUGGGGAACACGCUCGGCGUGCCAAGCACGGAUCCUAGAUAUUCCAAUAGCCUCUUCAACAACUUUGACUUUGGCAUGCUGGUCACUGCUGCUGGUGGCACUUAUCGGAUAUGCUGGUGUGCCGGAGGCUUCAACUGCACUGAAGUGGAAGACUUUCGCCAGGAUUUAGGAUCAUUGCAACUUCAUGGUCCCUCUCCAUUGCAGCAGGAUCGCACCUGUAUGAGUGGCCAAAGCUGUCGUUUGACCUCAAUCUUCGGACACUCCUUGUCGGCGGACGACCUCCUAAUGGUGCGAGAGACCUGCGGCAUCGUUCCUUCCGGUUUGAGUGAUCUGAUUCCUCGCUUUCCCAACGAUGGCAUUGUCACCACAGUGAUGCCAAAUGGUGAAACCUUCACGUGGAUGGAGGAGAACAGCACCUACAGCUACCUCUUCAUCACAGCGCCCAGUGGAAGUUACCGACUUUGUUGGUGUCGACCUACACACACUACACGCCAGUACGUGAGUUGUUCUGCAGCGGAGGAGUUUGCAACAGAUCUUGGGGAGCUCCUGCUGUUAGGUCCAUCUCCGGUAGAUCAAGACCGCACCUGUAUCGGAGGAAUGCCUUGUGAGGUCGCAAACAUCACAGGUCUUGAGUUGCAAUAUGGAGAUACGCUUCACAUUUUGAGCACCUGUGGCAUCUUGGGCAGCGAGGUGCCUGGCAUUCCUCAGGAUGGUUUAUCUAUGCCUGGUCUUGGAUCUGGAACAUUCUUUACCUGGGGUGAAGAACCACUUACAGCUUCUGGUGGACAGUUCCGGCUGUGCUGGUGCGCUGCUGGAUAUCGCUGUGAACUCAUCGAACACUUUGGAGUUGACAUCGGCGAACUGCGUCUCAUUGGUCCCUUGGGAAAUCAAGAGGUCUACUGUGCGUCGGGCUUCCCCUGCUGGGGUUCCAUCGUGGGAAUCCAUAUGAGCAGCGAGGAUCACCUCAUGGUGGCUGACGAAUGUGGUGCCCCAGUACAAGCUUGGCCAUUUCCGCGAAGUCGAUAUCCCGAAAUUCCCGGUUUCCCCGAGAGAGGACAGUUGCAAUUGGAAGACUAUGUUGGAGAAAAUGUCCAAUUCUCCUGGGGAUCUCUUGAGCCCAUCACCGCCGCAGGUGGGGGCGGGGAAGACGCGACGUUACGCAACUUGGGCGUUGGAGAUGCGACAGACGACUCUCUUACGGCCAUAGCGAAGCUAGCUCGUUGUGGCGUCUACCGUUUGUGCUGGUGUGCUGGAGUCAGCGGAUGCAGUUCGUCGGAAGACUUCAAGACAGAGGCUGGAACGUUGCUCCUCGCGGGGCCCUCCGAGUACCUGGCCGAUCUCUUCGCGCCACUCGCAGGCCCCUUGGAGCCGAAGGAUCUCUGGCGCAAGGAUCUCCCGGAGCCCUCCGUGGUGGAGAUCAAGGAGUUCAGCCAUUCCACUCGACCGGUUUUGGCCAUACAUUGCUUAAGCAGCACCGAGCUGGGAGCAGCUCGAGGUUCCAUGCCCAUCCUCUACGUGGAGGCUCCCAGUUCCGGGCUCUGGGAGGCGCGCGUGGCGGUGGCGUUGACCAGCUCGGAGAUCUCCGCGGGCUUCACCUUGGUGGACCGCGACGGCAUGAUGCCCGAUUUGCUCUUUGGCUUGGACACCUUCUCCUCGCGCGGCUGGACCGGCGGAUCCGGUGGUCUGGUGGCACUGCGCUACGCCGCACAGGUGGGGCUCACUGGACCUGAGGCAUCGGAGGAUCUCACGGCGCUGGGCGGUGCCGACUGGGUGACGCUGAAGCUGGUGAGAACGGGCACUGGACGCUAUGAUCUGUUCUACAUGCUGUCGAACUCAUGGCUUGCUCCUGAUGAUGUCAGGAACUCGGAUGCCGGUGUGAGACCACGGGUCUAUGUGAAAACCGUCGGAGUUCCCAGCGAACAGCUCUUCACAGAGACUGAGUGGAGGCCAUUAGCUCGACAGCUCACCACGGCAGCCAAUGGCAGAAGGAUUGGACUUUACACCAUGACGGGCAAUAGUGGCACCGCCAAAUUCAAAGAUUUCCUCGUCCGAGACCUCUUCCCGCAGAGUGUUGCAUCCUUCCACUUGGACGACGUGUCUGUGCGCGAGUCCCUCGAUUCUGCUGGAACACCUGUGACGGGUUCCGUUUCAGCUGUGGUGGGACGAGACGGCUACAGUCAAGGAGCAUUGCUUUUCACGGAUGGCACACAGCUCAAUCUGCCGAUUGAUCCCCUUGAACUUGACACAUAUACCAAUGAUUCCUUGCACGAAUUCACCAUCUCCUUGUGGGUGAAGCCUUAUUCCUCCAGUGCGGGAGGUCUCUUGGGACGUCGACUCGCACAGCACCUGCCAGAGCUCCACAUCUCCCCAUCCAUUUUCAUGAGCAGCUCUGGGCUGGAGUGGUCCAUGCUAGAUGAAACUGGGCAGAACUACACACAGAGCUUUGAGACGCCACACACGAGGCCCUAUGCAAGCACAUCACUCAGCUCUGUCUCACUAGCUCCAGUCCUGGAAGUGAAUGAAUGGACUCAUCUCGCUUUCGUGAAGGAAGCAGAUACCGUGGUCUUUUAUCGGAACGGACAGCGGUGGGGCUUUGCUGCUUUGGCACCUGAUUUGCCUUUUAGUGAUUCCAGUGGAGUUUUCUUACUGAACUAUCUUCAGGAGAUGCCAUACCAUGGAGCUUUGGACGACGUCCGUUUCUUCGACAUUGGUUUGGCAGACUUCGCCGUUGAACACCUCUUUAGCAAUGCCAAUGUCGACACCUUGCGCGGCAAGACGCAGCGUUGCAUCGCCGGCACCUUGUGCAGCCUCGUGGGGGUGACCGGUCCCCAACUCGCCGAUCAAAACCACUACGCCGUUCUGGCUCAGUGUGGUCGCCUUCCCGCCCUCGACGGCUUGGCGGAUGGCGCUAUCUCGGAUGCGUCCGGUGCCGGAACGGUGCACUGGGGAAGCCUUUCUGGAACGAUGCUCACCGCGCCGGGAGGGAAGUAUCAAAUCUGUUGGUGCGCCGUGGGCGGCACCGGCUGCACGGCUCCCAGCGAGUUCCGAGUUCUGGUAGGAACCUUGGUGGUGGUGGGUCCAUACACACAGGAACGAACGUGCGUUCUGGGGCAAGUGGCAUCCUUUGAGAUCUUGGGAAUGGAACUGGAUGCUGGAGACCAGGUACAAAUUUUGGAGACUUGUGGUGUUCCAUCUGAUAUUUUGAACAGUGUUCCAAAUCGUCUCCCACUCAAUGGAACUGCAGAUUUGCAGCCAUCUUCCUGCUUUGGACACAUUGGUUUGGGAGUCGUGGAGACUACAGCUUUGCACGCCCAUGGAUCUGGACUCACCGGCAAGACACAAGAUGAAUGCUGCUCCCUGUGUGAGAGGAGUCUCUACGGUGAUUGUGUCGCUUGGGUACAUCGCCCCAGUGACCUCACCUGCUUCUUAUACCGCACCGUUGGAAGCGUCGAACGGCAGGAGGAUCGCGUCUGCGGCUUCUCCAACAUCGACUGGCAGCCUUCGUCUCCCGUCUUGUUGGCGACCACCUUGACCGGCAACCGACCGGGGGCGAACUCUUCAGGUCCCUUCCGGCUCUACGUUUGCAGGUCCAAUUUGGAGUGUCACUUUGGAACGGCCCUAAGCCUGAGCAAUCUCGAGUCCUACUAUCAGUCCUUUCAAGUCAUAACUACUUGGCCAGCUGACUGGGAGUGGAAUGCUGUGAAGAUCUUUUCGGAUACAGCUGACCGAUGGUUUUUGGAAUCUUUGGUGGUGACGGCACAUGGAAUCUCCUGGAAUUUCACCUACAGCGGUUGGCUCGAAAGUGGGUCUGAAGUUUAUCUCAUGAGAGAUGUGACCACCUCACACCUCUUUGGAAGCUCCUGGGGUGCUGAGGCGCCGUCGAUGGCUCCGGGAGGAAGGUAUCGGCUUUGCUGGUGCAGACCCAACAGUUCCAGCUGGAGCUCCAGCAACUUUGACACCUGUCUUGACGCAUCGGACUUCCAGGCGGAUGCCGGAGUGUUGACAUUUCAAGGACCUUCACCUCUGGAACAACACUUGACCUGCCUGAGUGGCCAGGCAUGUCCCUUGCUGGGUCUCACAGGCACCGCCUUAGCCGAGGGGGAUAAGAUCAUGGUCUUGAACACCUGUGGACAGAUUUGGGAUGGCAUUUCGAUGAGUCAUCCCAGCUUGGUUCCUCGCGUCACAGGAAGCUGUAGGAGCUCCUUACAUUGCCUUCGAGACAUUCCUUGUGAUGAUGACCAGCACUCCCUCUAUGAACGUCCAAGUGUCGCUUGUGGCAUUUCAGAUCCGGCGGUGAAUGGAGGUGCCGACUACACCUGGGGUGGGGUCUCUAGCUCGCAGCCCUUCUCUGCGCCGGGUGGCAUCUACAAGAUUUGCUGGUGUGCGUUCGGCCAAACAUGUUCCAUGUUUGAACACUUCAAAGUGGAGCUCGGGGAGCUUAGCCUAGCUGGGCCAAGCUUGAUGGACCAGCACCGCACCUGCGUGGCAGGCCAAGCUUGUGUGGUGAGCAAUAUCCAGGGUUACAGACUCGAAAAUGGCGACAAGAUCAUGAUUCUGGAUGAGUGUGGCCAGGUGGCAGGGCAGCUAUGCCCGCAGGACGCCGCCAAUGGAAGCCUUGGAUGUUUGACCGUCACCGAUCGUUGGCCGGGCUCCACCGCAGGAGGACCCAUCGGACUGUCCGAGCCGGCGAUCUCCUCGGCGCAUCCCUGCGGAUCGUCGAUGACGUGGAGUCCGUUUCAUCCCAGCAGCAGUUGCUACGCGGUGUUUACCUCGCCUUUGACUUGGGCAGAUGCCGAAGCUGCUUGUGAUGUGAUCUAUGGAGGACACUUAGCAUCCAUUUCUUCACAAGAAGAUGUGGACUUCUUGGUGCAGUGGAUCAUGGACACUGGAGAAACUUAUUGGAUUGGAUUGAGCGAUCAAGCCACAGAGGGCACCUUCGUGUACUCUGACGGUUCAUCCUUCGCGUUCUCCAACUGGGGGACGCUUCAGCCUGCACUGACUCUUUCGAACACAGAGGAUUGCGUGUAUUUGGAUUCCGACGGAUUCUUCUUUGAUGAUGCAUGCACCGGCACACGGAAGUACCUCUGUGAACGUGCUGGUGCCUUCACCGGGGCCAUGCCAGGGGAUGAAUUCCGCUUCGGCGGUUACCAGACUCCACGCGAGAGCUUGAUACCACCCUCCAGUGCUGGUGGCCAAUACCGACUCUGCUGGUGCGCGUCAGGACAAGGGGCACAGUGUAGCCAAGCAGAGGACUUCCGCAUGGACUUCGGAGUGUUGACACUGCUUGGACCUGCUCCUUUGUUUCAACACAAGACCUGUGUUGCUGGACAAGUUUGUGAGCUUAAGCCGCUGCAAGGGACAGAUUUGCAAGAUGGUGAUUUGGUGCAUAUCCUUGAGACUUGUGGAUACUAUGUGAAUGCGUCUCAAUUUUCUCAUUUUGACAGCUCCUCCGACUCCGGUUUGCACCUGCCCAGAUUCCCCAGCAACAACGGAGUGCAGAGCUUGUCGCAAGGAGCCACAUCUGGUGGCAGCACGGUAUCAUGGGGAACAACGACCAUAACAGCUGCUGGUGGACGCUAUCGUUUGUGCUGGUGUGCCGCUGGCUAUUCAUGCAGCGCAGUGCCGGAGUUUCGUGUGGACUUUGGCCGCUCCCCGACGGCAGAAAGAUCGAACGUUCCGCUUCGGAAGUACUUCCAAGAUGGUGAUCGCAUCAUGGUCUUGGACACAUGUGGUCGUGACGGCUUGAGCGUGAAUGUUUUAUACGGCUUUUCGGGAGACGCAGAUGGCAUUCCAGAUGAGCCAAGGGGCAUUUCAAACCCUGCCACGGAUGGUGGAACGAGCUUUGCCUGGGGUGGAGAUCGACUCGUAGCAAUCUCAGCGAAGGGUGGAAUCUAUCGGCUUUGCUGGGCUGCCAGUGGCUUCCCACAGGCAGUUCCAUCCGACUUUGAAGUGGACAUUGGUUACAUGCAGGUGCUUGGCCCCGACAGCUACCAGAACAACCGCACGUGCAUCAGUGGUCAACAAUGUAUGUGGGGCGGCAUCACGGGCAUCGGUCUUCAGGAUGGCGAUCGUGUGGUGAUUCUGGAUGAGUGUGCCAGAUACCAAGGAGCCAAGGGCUAUGGAUCAAACGAGGACAACAUUGUGCCCCGCUUUCCUUCCAGCGGAAGGUCUUUGCCGGCCUACAACACCAGCUCGCAGUACGGCAGCGUUUAUACUUGGGGAGGCGAAUACUCUCCAGCCUACGUGACAGCGCAGGGUGGCACCUAUCGAAUUUGUUGGGCUUCACAAAGCUUUGCAGAAGAAGGAAAUAGUUAUUUCCGCUUCGAUGCUGGCACGCUGAACCUUGUUGGACCUGCUCCACUGUAUCAAGAACGAACCUGUGUGAGUGGGCAGGUUUGCCAAUGGUCUGGCUUGCAGGGCUACUUGCUUUCGGACGGAGAUGUCAUCAUGGUGAUGGACACCUGCGGCAGCAUGGCAGCAGUGGUGCCCAGAUGGAGCAAUCCUGAUGCACCGAGGACGCUGCCGAUUUCACAGCCCUCCACCGAUGGCGGCAGCACCUUCUCCUGGGGGCACGUGGAGAUUUCAACUGCUGGUGGCCUUUACCGCCUUUGCUGGUGCGCCAAUCCACAGCCGGAUAUGCCAUGCAAUCGACCGUCACACUUCCGCACGGACACUGGAACGCUUCACGUGGCUGGCCCAUGGCCAAAUUCACAGGGCAGGACCUGCGUGGCGGGGCAGCCCUGCGAGUUCAAGAACAUCACGGGCACAUACUUGCAGGACGGAGACAGGAUCAUGAUUUUGGACACAUGUGCCAAUCAUUACUACAAUGCCUUGACUUCAGUGGCCACGGAUGGCGGCUCCUCGUUUGCUUUGGGGCAGUCCGGCGGUGCAGCCAUCACUGCAGCAGGAGGUUUGUACCGUUUAUGCUGGUGUGCUGCUGGCUUCGGGUGUCAGUUGCCCCGACAUUUCCAAAGCGAUGUGGCGACCUUGACCAUCAUCGGACCUUCUCCUCAAUAUCAAGAUCACACCUGUAUUUCCGGCCAGCCCUGCUAUGCCGGCGAUCUGACCGGGCAAGAUCUCGGAAACGAUGAUCGCAUCAUGGUGCUGGAGACCUGCGGUUCCUUCUCAGCACCCUUGCGCUUCACCGGAGGUGGUGUGUCAGACCUCGCCACCAACAACGGGACCUUGGUGACUUGGGGCCGCGAACCCACCUGCAUGGAACCUUACAACUUUGAUUGUCAAGGGGUGAGGCCUACCAGUCAGGGUGGCAAUUUCAGACUUUGUUGGUGUGCUCACAACUACACUUGCUCAGCCGCCAGCGACUUUCGAGUGGACAUUGGACAUUUGGCCUUCUUAGGGCCAUAUCCUUUGACCUACAGUCGGACCUGUGUUGCAGGACAGCCUUGUGCAUUCUCGGGAGUCGAAGGCCACUAUACACAAAAUGGUGACAAGCUCAUGGUGCUGGACACCUGUGCACAUCCCGAACCGCUUCAGCUGGUCCAAAGCUCGGAUAAAUGGGCGAUUUACAAUUUCCAGCUCAUUGCAGCAGGUCAAUAUGGCUGGUUUGACGGCCCUUCCAACAAUGGUACACUCAAUGGCUCCAGCUUCAACUGGGGCAAUGGAACCCAGCCAGUGACCAGUCCGGGGGGGGCAUAUCGUUUGUGUUGGUGCGCUGCGAACUACAAGUGCACCGAGGCCAAAGACUUCCAGACCGAUAUCGGUGAGAUGAUCAUGGUGGGGCCUUUCUUGGAGCUUCCAGAUCCUACUGGUCUCCUGAAUGUGCAACAGCGCCUUCAGAUCUUUACUUGCGUAGCCAAUGAACCCUGCAGCAUCACAUUGCUUCAAGGAAGACAUUUGGACAAUUCUGAUCUUAUCAUGAUCAGGAGAGAUUGCAGCCCUGAAUGGCAGACCAACUCCACCGUGGAUUUUUGGCCAUCGAGUACGUUCACCUGGGGCAUCAGUGAUCCAGGAAUUGUACAAUACACUUUGGAAGGAGUCACUUAUCAAAACUACAACUGGGCCUUGCAAGCCACCACCAGCGUGCUGGAGGUGCGUUCCGAAGGCGGCUACUACCGCUUAUGUUGGUGCGCCACCGGCUACAGCUGCACGGAGCCUAAGGACUUUGCCGUGGACGCUGGUACCAUGAAGCUGGUGGGUCCGCAUCACAACCAGGGGAAGACCUGCUUUUCGGGCAUCGUGUGCGCCGCCACGGGGAUUACUGGGGUCGGUCUCAGCAAUGGCGACCGAACGAUGGUCCUAAGAUACUGUGAUACGGAUUUGUACAUCGCCCGCUUCCCCAACAGCGGCUAUUCGGAUCCAGCGGUGGACAAUGGAACCACGGUGACUUGGGCGGGUGCAGAAGCCACGAUUAUUACGGCACCGGGUGGAUUCUACAAGCUUUGCUGGUGUGCCGCAUCUCAAACAUGUACCAGAAGUGGCUCCAACUUCCGUGUGGAAUACGGCUUGCUCUACAUCGUGGGACCCGCCCCGUUGACGCAGCGCAAGACCUGCCUGAGCGGCGAGCUGUGCAACGUCACCGACUUCACGGGCUACGGCUUGAGCAACGGGGAUCGGAUGAUGCUGUCGUCCAACUGUGGCGAUCCCACGGGCAUCGUUCCCCGUUGGCCCAACAUGGGGAUCUCUGAAGCCUCGAUCGCCAACGGCAGCAGCUUCUUUUGGGACAACUAUGUCACGGCAGGUGGUGCCGUCUAUUGGAUGUGUUGGUGUUCCAACAGCUUUUCCUGUGACCGCGCCGAUUUGUUCAACGUGGAAGCGGGUUUGUUGACACUUCCCGGGCCAGCUCUCAAUCAAGAGCGCACGUGCCGAAGUGGCACGGAAUGUGGCUUCAGCAACUUGCAAGGUUUAGGCCUUGCCAAUGGCGAUCGGAUCAUGAUCAUGAACCAAUGUGGGGGUUCGUCCGUUCUCUUCGGUUGGCCGGAUGGUGGCAUCUCCGAUCCCGCAAUCUUCACGGGCACGGAGUAUGCCUGGGGGACCUCCAGUGGCGGACUCUAUGUGACCGGUGCCGGGGGUGAGUAUUCCAUGUGUUGGUGCUCUGUUUCAGCACCGAACUGCAGUUCUGGGGAGUUCUUCCGCACAGAGGCAGGCAUUAUGAAGAUGGUUGGUCCAGCCAUUGGUCAGAGGAAGUUUUGUACCACUGGGCAAAUUUGUAGCAUCACACAAUUCAGUGGCUAUGAGUUGCAGAACGGAGAUCGUUUGCUCAUUAGCCCCUCAUGCAUUCCCUUGCUUUCCACCUAUGUCUCCGGCUUCUCCAACAAUGGUAUUGCCAUUGCAACGGGUGGCGGGUCACAAUUCGAUUUCUCUUUGCGUUUAACGGCCUCAGGAGGAACUUAUGCCAUGUGCUGGUGUCCCUUGGGUAUGCCAUGUCAAUCUCCUGAUAACUUCCAGGUGGACACGGGCAAUUUGACAGUGAUUGGUCCUCUCUUGGAUCACAUCAAAACCUGCAUCUCGAGCCAAGUUUGUGAAUUCAAUGGAUACCUCGGGCAGGGCUUGCUCACCAGCGACAGGGUCACUGUACUUGAUACAUGUGGCACCACGUCUACCCUGGCCAGACUACCGAACAAUGCCCUGUCGACCAUCCACUCCAACUUCGGAAGCACCGUCUCCUGGGGCCCUUUGAGAGCCACAUCGCCCGGAGGUCAAUACCGCCUGUGCUGGUGUGCUGCAACCACGCGAUGUAGCGCUCCCGUGGACUACAUUGUGGAUAGUGGUGAAUUGCACAUGGUAGGACCUUCCCUCUUCCAAUUGCUGCAAUGUUAUCCAGGUGUUGUGUGCUCCUUGGAGAGUUUCUAUGGAUACGGCUUGCAAGACGGAGAGAAGAUCAUGGCCUUGGAGCUCUGUGGCGUCGGUGCCGGCGUGGAGGGCUUUCCCAACGGUGCCAUCUCCAACGAAGCGACGCAGCAGGGGCGGCGCUACGGUUGGGGCGACGGAUCCAACAACACCGACUUCCUACCGUUGAAUAGCUCCACUCCGGGUGGCUUUUAUCGAAUGUGCUGGUGUCCCAAUCUGGCGGAACCCUGUGCGAUCUCCUCGGAUUUCCGUGUGGAUGCCGGUGCUUUGAUCAUCAAGGGCCCUUUUACGCGAGUCGAUACCCUGUGUGCUGCUGGACAGACAUGCACUUUGGGCCCCUGGGAUGGAGCUUUACUUGCCUUGUCAGACCGAGUGUUGAUCAUCGCCAGCGGAGCCCCAUGCGCUUUGUCGCAAGCAGAUUCUCAGAUCGCUCAAGGAGAACCCAAGGACGUCACCUGCAACUUGGAGCUUACAACGUGUCAGGCGAGUUUGAGCAGCGUGGAAACACAGCACGGUGGUCUCUUCAAGGUGUGCUACUGUGUGACCUACUUGGACGUGGCUGGAAGCGAUACCUUGCCAUGUACCGAUGCCUCCGAGUUCACCAGCGAUGCCAGCGACCUCCAGGUCAGAGGGCCAUUUGGAUAUCAGGCAUUUGACUGCGUUGUCGGCAUUCACUGCAACGUCACAAUCAUCGGCUUCAUGCUCACAUCCCUUGACAGAAUCAAACUGGUCAAGGAUGGCUUUCCUUGCAAUGGCAACCCUGCUGCUGGAGUACCAGCUCAGGAGAUCCUUAUUGAUGCCGGACAAUCGCUACAGACAAAUGUGGUUGCUCCGAUUCCAGAGCAAAACAGCACACAAACAAGGUAUGAACUUGGAGGUAUCACGGCCAGUGGUGAUUACAAGGUGUGCUACUGCUCCAGUGUGCUCUCAUGUUCAAAUCCAUAUGACUUCGGUGGGCUGGCGGGCACUGUCAUGGUUUCUGGAGCUGAUUCCACUCAAGUGUAUGUUUGCAGACGUGGCUCUGAAUGUCUCAUUGAGCUGAGAGGAUGGCGCUUGGGGCCGAACGAUCGCCUAAAGAUUGUGGCGGAAGGUAGCAAUUGUGCACUCGACUCACCCACCUUUGGCUUUGGCACCAAUCCUGCUUGGGUCUUGAAUGAGGUGACAUACUUCUUUGACGACACCAACACCAGUUCCUACAACAUCUUUAACGUCGGUGUGGCUAAGGUUGGAACUCAAGAGGAAGGCUGCUUGCCUGACGAUGUGAACUGUGGAUAUCGACUUUGCUACUGUCCCGGAAUCAAUAAUUGUGCAGAUGGAGCCUCAUACACGCACACCGCAGGAGCUUUGAGGGUCACGGAGUCAGUGCGCGGCAUUGAAAUCGACAACUCUUACGCUGUGAACUCACAUUCUCUGGGGCUUCUGGUGGACUCGGCUUAUGGAGGUGGUGUCAUUCGUUGCGUCCUGAACGACGGCCCCGCGACGCAGUGGGGCUUAUAUCCCGAUUCCAGUUUCUUUACCUUUGGACCUGGAUCCGGUGACACCGGUUGGGGUGCCUCCUCCAGCCAGGCCACGGCCGGCAAGAAUACAGUGACCAUUCAUCUGACUCAUUUUGUAGACGCUGGACAGGUUCUACGUGCAUGGUGCUACCUCUCUGACUCACGAGCGUAUGUUUUCCCUCCUGAUCUGGAGGGUGUGCAGGUGACUGUUCCGCUGAACAUGAAGACUCCAAGAGCAGAUUUUGCACCCAGCACUGGAUGGGAAGGCAGUUUGCACAGGUUUCAACUCUACGACGUGGGCGUGGCGGCAACGCAGACAGGACGCAGGCUCAAUGUUGCUGACGUCAAAGUGUUGACUGCAAUGAGCACCGAGUCGUGCAGUAUUCUGGCAUAUCACAUGGAUGAACGCAAGUUACCCAUCCAGGAAGCCAAGGACAACUUCGGCAACCUGAUGCUGGAAACCUCAUCCUUGGCAAAGCUCGACACAGCAAUGUGUCUAGAUGAUCCCUCCUGCAAGCUGCUGCUGUGCUACUUUGGGGGUCCACAGGAGUUUCCCAUCACGGCAAGAGAAUCUCUGAAUAUUGGAGCCGUUCCGGCUUUGCGGACGACCAUACUCUACCGUGGAGCUCGCGGCAGGCUGGAAGUCGAGAAGCAGACCAGCGCUUCGGGCAACAUCAGCUGGAUUUCAGUUGAUGAGGUUGCCACUUUAGGUGGAAUUCUGGAUCCAGGGCAACAGUGUCUCUCAGCGACAAGAAGUGACUUCAGCUUCAAUCAGGUCAUUGGUUUGCCCAGCAGUUUGAGCGAUUCCUUCCUGCUGGACGAGCCAGCGGGCAUGUACUAUGCAUGCAUCCUGGACAACGCUGCAGACGCUGUCAAAAAUGCACCCUUGAACUCUGUCGGUACCUUUGAAGUGAGCGAGGUCAUCACCAGCAUCGUCCAAAGCGCUGCAUCCACUCGGACCACCUUGAGACUUGAUGUCGCUGCCAAGCUUCCUGGAGUCCUCACUUGUGUCAUCAAGGACCCAGAGGUGACAUCUACAAAGGCCCAAGAGAUUUUAGCCGCAGCAGCAGCAGCGGUUGAGGGGUUCACCGGCGCUGGGGCUGCACAGCAGUAUGCUUUCGCUCAGCGAUCCGCUUUGCUUGAUUGGCUGCAAAGUCCGGACAACACCCUGGCACUUGCACUAGUGACGGUUCCUGCUGCUGUACCGCCCAAUGUGACUGUAUCACUGGUCCUGGCAUCCUUGCUCACCGUGGACUUUGUCCCGGUCUGGUGUUGGCAUUCAGCCACGCAGGAGACCAAGAUGGUGGUGCCCAGCGAUCCGAACGGACUGCAGUUCAACUUGCCGGGGCAGGCACCCUUAGCACAUACUCUUCCGACUUUCCUGUGGCCUGGCGCUGCCUUUGUCGUGUUUAUGGAGAAUGUCGUUGACACUUCACAAUCGCGAGUGAAGAUGGUCAACAACACCAUCGAAUGUGAUGCAUCCACCUAUUCCGAGGCCAUUCCUGUGGUCCUCAACACGUCUGGGCAAGAACAGCCCAUCAAGGCAUACCUGACAGCCUCAUCGUUCAAGAGAAUGUUUUGUUUCUUCGAGCUCCCUGCAUCUCUUCCAAUUGCAGUCAGCGGAGAUCAGGGCACCGACCUUCAGUUCGCAUCCGAGCUCCAACCAAGCCUGUCAUUGAUCGUCGAUGAUGCCUACAUCCAGCACAUGAGUCGCGGAUUGGCCUCCAAUUUGGUCUUGUACGACACAGCCCCCGGAGAGUUAGCACAGGCGGAAACCGACUUCAACCAGAACGGAGGCUUUUGCCUCCCAGCUCUUGGAUUGGAAGCCUUGAACUUCGAGCCAGAGACUGCUGCGAGCUAUAUCCAGCGAGUCGCAGCUGUGCAGCUGAAGACCGUUUCGGUUCUGCCAACGCCGGUGAAUUUGGCGACGCAUUUUGUUUCUGUGACCGAAGACGAAACUCUUGGGCUGUCCAUCGGACACAACUAUGUCCUGUGCUAUGUGGGAUCCGCAGACACCACGCGGGUCUUCAACAAGAUUGGAAGCGUCAUCACUGUGAAGGACAUCAUUUUGGCUUUGGAGAAGGAACAACGGCCACAGGGUGAAGAAGCUGCAACUUCCAGGGAGAUCAACGUGGUGGUUCAGGCUUCCUUGAGAGGAUCCAUCAGCUGCAUAGCAACAACACUAACUUUCAGUCGACCUCCCGUGGCAGAGGAAAUAGCAGGUGACUAUGCUCUUACCUUGCCACAGGACUUCGUCCCUGUUUUCAACGAAAAUGAAGUUCUCGGAAGAGCUCUUCAGAUUCCGGUUUUUGACACGAGCGUGAACCUUUCCGUGAAGAUCACCACAGUCGUGGCAAACGCUGUCAAUAUACAGCGCAUGCCUUUGGGAGUCGCACCACAGGCAUACGUGUGGUGCAAGCACUCCAAGUCAUUGGUCGUGUAUCCGGAGGAUGGAGCAGGUGUGGCAGUCACUCUGGGAGUCCUAGCCGCGCCCAGCUUUCAGUACUCUAUUCUCAGCAAUCCAGCCACGCAGGUGAUACUCGCCCGCAAUGUAUCAUUUCCUACGCUUGCGGUGCUUUGGUCCAGCGCUGGCUUUCCAGCCUACUACUUUGACGAGGUGGCAUUUACCAUCACGCCCACCUUACCGGAUGGUUUGGACAUCAGCUCACAGAACGGAGGUGUUAAACCAGAGCCCGUUCCGCUCCAGCUUCUGCCCCCAGCAGAUUUUGUGAUUAAGGCGCAGAGCAAGUACGAUGUGCUGAAAGCUACAAGCACAACACUUCAACUUGGCGUCGAGGAGCCGGGACAAUGUGGACUAGCCAGCAUCAAGAGUACAGAGGCGCUUCUGUCGUGCUUGGUCCACGAUACACACAACCUGGAAGUGGAGGCGAUCUACAUCCAAGUCAGUUUGAAAACUGGAGACCCUCUACUCCUGGAGACAUCGUCCUUCUCAUGCCUGGGAACUGCCGUAGAUCCUGGUGGAGGCAUGACGGACUUUUCUUGCUCACAGGCUGGCAGUGGCUGCUGCUGCUGGCUUUGGGUUGAUCAACCGGGUGUCAACACUGUCUUCAACGCAACCAGGUUGGUGAGUGGCAAGAUGAUGACCGGAGCCUGUGGUCUCCGAGCAUACCAAAGGUAUGAUGUCAUGACCAUGGUCACCGGUGUGAAUCCACUGCUCGCCAAUGCAGCGACGGGCGUGGUUUGGGAGCAGCUGUUUGACUUCACUGUUCCAGAACGGAAAGAUGCCACGCCUUUGGCCUUUGAUAUCAAGGUGGACAUCAGCUAUGAAGACAUUUGCGAUCCGGUGCUCAAUGGCCCCGAAGCCGAGCUGCAGUGCAAGGAGAACAUGAAGGCGGAGCUUGCCGCUCUUCUGGGAACACCAGAGGACAUGAUCACCAUCACUGCCGUGAGACCAGCAUGA